GGGGCAUGGAGGGGGCAGAGGACAGACCCUUUGGGGCCCAGGGCCAGGACCUGGUCCCAGAGGAGGGAGAGUUCAGGCUGCCUCACUGGUGGGCUGGCUCCUGGAGGGGCCUGGACACCUCGAUUUGACCAGGGGCUGCAGGAGGCAAGACUGGCAGAGCCCCAGGCCCAAGGAGUGCAGCCUGGGGUCCUUCCCGGGUCAGUGCUAGCUGGGGAGCAGCCCUGGGUUCAGGCCCAGGCUCAGUCCCAGGGUAGGGUGGGUGGCCUCUAUCCCUCUCUGAUCCCUGGGGCUCACAGGACAUGCCUUGGUCACAGGAAACUGUGGGCUGGAGGAAGACACUCCAUGCUCCCUGCCCCCAGAGAGGAACCUGCUCUGAAUCAGCCUGGUGGAGACGGCACACUGCUUCCACUUCCCUCUUCUGCCCCUGGCCUCCAGCUGUCCCCUCCCCCGAGUCCCCUGCUCAGGCCCCAAAGGGUACUCAGGUCAUCAGGCUCUUGGGGUACCCCGGUUCUAGCAGAGCCUUCCCCUUCCCCUCCCUGAAGCUGCUUCUGCACCAGAGAGAACGUGCCCUUUCAAGGAGCCUGAGCAGGGGGAGGCCGGGCAGGAGGCGGCCAGGCCCGGGCCUAAGGCCACUGCAGCAGAUCCUUCCAGAACGCCACCUCCUGCUCCUGCUGAGCCCAGCCAAGCCUGGGGGCCGGUGGCGCUGCGCACAGGAGCGGUCUGCGUGAACGUCCACAGGGGAGACCAGGCCGCUCGGCCCGGGGCGGCGGGGGGCGCCUGGGAGGACACCCGCCCUGGCAGCGCCCUUUUUGGCACACAUCUCUCCCGGAACUCCCGUCGGGAAACCAGUCGCCCGGGAGACGCGGCCCCGGGAGCCUGCGCGCGGGGGCGGGGCGCGGGUGACGUCAUCGACGGGCGCCGCUCGCGGGGUUGGAACCGGAAGUGAUGUCGCCGGGGCGACGGGGCGCGGAGCCACGUGUGGAGUUUCCGUGAGCGGGACCCCCAGGAGCUCCGGCGGGUCCCUGGUGCCCCCCAGACCGCGGCACCAUGAGCUUCGUGGCCUACGAGGAGCUGAUCAAAGAGGGCGACACGGCCAUCCUCUCACUGGGCCAUGGUGCGAUGGUGGCCGUGCGCGUGCAGCGUGGGGCGCAGACCCAGACGCGGCACGGCGUCGUGCGGCACUCUGUCGACCUCAUCGGCCGCCCCUUCGGCUCCAAGGUGACCUGCGGCCGGGGCGGCUGGGUGUACGUGCUGCACCCCACCCCGGAGCUCUGGACUCUGAACCUGCCACACCGCACCCAGAUCCUGUACUCCACCGACAUCGCCCUGCUCACCAUGAUGCUGGAGCUGCGGCCUGGCUCUGUGGUUUGUGAAUCUGGUGAGGAGGGGACAUGGUCCAGUUUCUGUUUAACAGGAUCUUUCUGGGGGUUGACCGCAGGCCGGAUGGACAGGUACCGAAAACCUUUAGGAGGCUGGUGCUGUCACCCAAACCUGAGGGGGUGGGGAGGGGCCUGGGGGCGGAGCCCUGCCAGGGUCCUGCCUGCUUUGGUGGGUGGGGCCAGGUGGGCGCUGACCGAGGUGCUGACUGCCCACCACUGGCCCUCGGCUGAUGGCAAUGAACAGGUGCAGCCCGGUGCUGUGAGAGCUGCCCCUCGCUGGAGCUCACUGUGGACCGGGAGCCUGCCCCCACCACGACCACUGCUGGGGCCUCACCUACAGUCCAAGUGUACACUGCCUGUUGCUGAGCCCCGGGCCUGGGUACAGGUGGAAGUGCCUGAAGGCCAGCCAUUGCCCGCCCCUGUGCUCAUACAGAGGUGCUGGGGCCGUCUGGGGUCCCAGAGGCUGGUGGUUUGGCCAGGACAGGCCCCAGCUGGGGCUAAAUUCCCAGCGUGGCCCUCACGGGCUGGGCAGCUGGGAUCCAGGGCCACAUAGAGUUGCUGGCUGCUGCUGACUUUCUAGAAGGCCUCUGACCGUCUGUCCCUCCACGUGGAUGCAGGAUGGUUCCUUUGGCCCAGCCAAGCUCUUUGAAAUGUGAAGAGUCGGAUGCAGAACACGGGCUGUGGGUUUGAGAGUGGGUGGGGACGGGGCGGAGGCAGGACUCAGAGCCAGCUCCGUCACCUGUGUGAAAGAGCCAGGGGUCAGUCAGGAGCCGGGAGUGCGCCAUGAACAAGGCACAGCAGGUGCCCACCCUCCCAGAGGGAAGGAACCAGCUGGGGUGUUUGGGUGCUGCUGGUGGCUGCAAAGCUGGUGAUGCAGGGCCAUGUCUCUGUGUAAGCCUGGAGAGGGGACCCUCCAACUCAGACAGAGGAGACCUGAGAGAAGGAGUUGCCUCCAUGAGCUGAAGGGACACAGUGCAGAGGCCCUGGGGUGGGAGUGGGCCCGUGGGGUCAGGGACGUGGCAGGAGUGGCGGGAAUGAGGGCAGAG